UUAGGUCCCGCGACCCCAGCACUCUUUCCCGCGGCUCCCCCACGCCCCGCAGGCCACGCCCCACUUCGAACAAAGUCCCGCCCACUUUCUUCCAGACCUUUCCCCGCCGUCCAGAGCCUUGAAGAAAUCCAGGUGAAGGUGCUGGAAGAGAUUCGGGAGAUCUCUGCAAAGAUGGAACAGCAGGAGGAAGAGACUGGGCCCGAAGGGAACAGCCCGUCCCUGCCGUCACCUGGGCCCUCUGCACCGUUCCCAGCCUUGCCACCCUUUCCCCUGGGGACCCCAGAUCCAGCCCACCUGGGGCUCCCCGAGAGCGUGGCCGCUGUCACGGUCCCCAUCCGUCUGGACGCCCUCUCCUACCUCCUGCACGGCGCCCUGCUGGGGGCCUACACGCUUCAGCAGUCCUUGCCUUCCUGCCCCUGCAACGCACAGCCAUGCCGCACCCCUCCAGGCGCCACCACAAGGCCAUCCAGGGGCCGGGGGGGCUGGGACUUCCGACGCAGGCCAGGCCGGGGGGGCCGGGGCCAGGCGCCUUGGGGCCCCAGAAGGGCGGAGCAGCCGGGAAGGGCCGGGGCUGGCCCCAAGGCUCCGCCGGUGGCGUUGGCGGCGUCACCGCCCGCACUGCCUGCCCAGGAUGAGAAGAAGGAAGCCGGAGGUCGGGAGCCACCCCGCGACGUGCCAGCUGCGGCCGCAGAAAACUGGGACUUGGAAUACUAGGACCCGGAGGGUCCAGCUCCCCAAGCUCCUGAGAGGGCCCCCAGGGUCACCAGGAGGGGUUUCCUGGAGCCCAGGGUGGCCUCAGCUAAGGCAGAGAGACCCCAAGAAACAUCCUGCUCCCAUCUUUCUUCCCCCCAACCACAGCCUCCUGCGAGUCACCCCAUAAAACAUGGACCCAGCUAGGAUCCCACACCCGAAAAACUCCUGAGCCUCAGCCCCGUGCCCCAAACUGUCCCCAACUCCCCAUUCCCAAUUCCAGCCCCUCAGCCCUGUCGCCACUCUCAGUGCCACCGCCCCAGUCCCACUCAUCCCCGUUUCUGUCCCGGUCUGCACCCUCGCUCCCAGCUUCUCUACCUACCUCAGGCCCAGCCCAACCCUCAGCCUUAACUGUCUCCUACACCUGAGCCCAAGCCCAGCCCACCUUCGACCCGAGCCAGCCCCAUCCCAUCCUGCUGCGCAGCCCCAGGCGGGACACGCCCUGUGACCCGUGACCCACCUGCAGAGAACCCCAUUGGCCCAACAGACCUGCAGCCCCCCACCCUUAUCCUGCCCUGGGGGUGAGGACCCCUGGUUGAACAAUAAACGGAU